CAUCCUACCCCACCCACCCCGCCCCGCCGCCGCCGAGGAGAAGGCGCGCGCCCCCACCCCCGCCACGCGAGGCAGCAGGGAUCCCUCUCGUGCCAGCAUGGAGCUCCCACUCGCCUCCGCGAAGCCCUCGCCCCGGGCGGCGGGGGCCGCCUGCCCGCCGCUCCUCUUCUCGCCGCUUAAACCCUUCCCGCUCCUCCGCUUCCCGCCGCGGAGGCCCGCCGCGGCGCGGCUCCGCCUCCGCCCCCGCGCGGCCGCCGCCGGCGAGGCGUCCUCCCCCGGCGAGGAGGUGUUCGGCGGGCGGAAGGAGCUGACGGGCGUGCAACCGCUGGUGGAGGCGCUCCCGCCCGCCGCGCGGACGGCGGCGGAGCUGGCGGUCGCCGCGGCGGCCAUCGCGGCCGGGUACGGCAUCGGGCUGCGCGCGGGCGGCGGGUCGCGCGCCGUGGCGGUGGCGGGGGCGGCGGUGCUCGGCGCGGCCAGCGUGGCGGGCGCGGCCGCGGUGAACUCCGUGGUGCCCGAGGUCGCCGCCGUCGGGCUCCACAACUACGUCGCCGGCCACGACGACCCCACCAACCUGGACAACGGCGAGGUGGAGGCCAUCGCGAAGAAAUAUGGAGUUAGUACACAGGAUGCAGCUUUUAAAGCAGAGCUAUGUGACUUGUAUGCCAGGUAUAUUUACUCAGUACUUCCUCCAGGAGAUGAAGAUCUCAAAGGUAGUGAGGUUCAGGCUAUUACAAAAUUUAAAAGAGCUCUUGGGCUUGAUGAUGUGGAUGCUGCUAACAUGCACAUGGAGAUUGGUAGACACAUAUACAGAGAGAGGCUAGAAACAAGUGACCGUGAUGCUGACAUGGAACAAAGGCGGGCAUUUCAAAAGUUAAUUUACGUGUCAAAUCUUGUCUUCGGAGAUCAAUCUGCGUUCCUACUUCCAUGGAAACGUCUUUUCGGGGUGACUGAGUCUCAGAUUGACAUUGCUAUGAGGGAAAAUGCCAAGAAUUUAUACUCGUCGCAGCUCAAGUCUAUCGGGAGAGGUCUUGACAUAGGCACACUCAUUGAUGUAAGGAGAGCGCAACUCGCAUAUAAACUUUCUGAUGAGAUUGCUGCUGAGAUGUUCCGGGAGCAUGCAAAGAAGCUAGUUGAAGAAAACAUUUCAUCAGCCUUAGACAUCAUGAAGUCUCGUAUCCCGGAUAGUCUAACUAAGGCUGUGGAAGAGGUGAAGAGUGUUAUUAGAUUUAAUAGUUUGCUUACAAUAUUAAGCAAGCACCCUCAGGCUGAUCGAUUUGCUCGUGGUCUUGGCCCUAUUUCGUUAGGUGGUGAGUAUGAUCAUGAUAGGAGGGCUGAUGAUCUCAAGAUACUCUACAAGGCCUAUGCUACAGAAGUACUUUCAGAUGGAAUUGUUGAUGAUGAGAAGCUUGCUCCUUUGAAUGAACUGAGAAAUGUAUUUGGACUGGGGAAGCGUGAAGCAGAAGGAAUCUUGUCUGAUGUCAAAGCUCACAUAUACAGAAGGACACUUGCUAAAGCGUUUAAUACCGAAUUGGCUUCAGUCCCUAGCAAAGCAGCAUUCCUCCAAAUUCUCUGUGAAAAGUUGCAAUUUGAUCCUGAACUUGCUAGCAAGAUGCAUGAAGAAAUUUACAGACAGAAGCUUCAGCAGUUUGUAGCUGACGGUGAGCUGAGCAAGGAGGAAGUGGAAGCUCUGAUGGCAUUCCAAGUGCGUCUCUGCAUCCCUCAAGAAACUGUGGAUGCUGCUCAUACUGAGAUCUGUGGCCAAUUGUUCGAAAAGGUUGUCAAGGAAGCCAUUGCAUCCGUUGAUGGAUAUGAUGCUGAUAGACGAGAGGCUGUUAGGAAGGCAGCACAAAGUCUAAACUUGAAAAAGGAGGCUGCCAUGGUGAUCUUUAGUAAAGCGGUACGUAAGUUGUUCCUGAGCUACAUUCAGAGAGCAAAAGAAGCUGAUAACCCCAUUGAAACUGCAAAAGAGCUGAAGAAGCUAAUUUCCUUCAACACAGUUGUUGUUAGUGAGCUUUUAGCUGACAUUAAAGGAGAGCUGUCUUCUACUGCUGAAACUGAAGCAUCAAGCGCGGCCUCGGAAUCUGAGGGAGAGGAUGAUGAAUACGAAUGGGAAUCAUUGGAUACAUUGAGAAAGACUAGACCUGAUAAAGAGCUUAAGGAAAAGCUGAGAAAGUCAAUCCAGAAAGAGAUAACCCUCAAGGAUGACAUUCCGUUGAGAGACAGGACUGAGCUGUAUGAGACAUACUUGAAGUUCUGCAUCAGUGGGGAGACGACGAACGUAUCAUUUGGAACAGCAAUCUCCACGAAGAAAGACAAUUCAGAGUUUUUAAUGCUAAAGCAGUUGGGUGACAUACUUGGUUUAACUCGCAAAGAAGCACAAGAUGUUCACAUUAAGUUCACAGAAAAAGCUUUUGUGCAACAGGCAGAAGUAAUUCUUGCUGAUGGGAAGUUAACAGAGGCCAAGGCUGAACAGCUUGCAAAGAUUCAAAAGCAGUUUGGUUUGCCUACUGAAAAUGCACAGAAAAUCAUUAAGGGUAUCACAACAACAAAGUUGUCAUCUGCAAUAGAAGCUUCUGUUGCUCGGGGUCAGAUCGGUAUACAGCAGGUCAGAGGAUUGAAAGAUGCUAACUUCCAACUGGAUAGUUUGAUUGCGGAACCACUACGGGAAAGCAUUUACAGGAAAACUGUUGAGGAGAUCUUUUCAUCAGGCACAGGAGAUUUUGAUGAAGAGGAAGUGUACGUAAAGAUCCCAGCUGAUCUCAUCAUAAGUGCUGAGAAGGCCAAGUCAAUUGUUCAGGAUAUUGCAAAGGUUAGGUUGGAGAACUCCCUUGUUCAGGCUAUUGCCUUGCUUCGGCAGAAGAAGAGAGAUGAUGUGCUUUCUUCUCUGAAUGACUUGCUCGCGUGCGAUGCCGCUGUCCCUGCACCACAACCUCUGUCAUGGCCCACACCGGGAGAGCUAGAUGACCUGUAUGCCAUCUACCUGAAGGGCACCCCGAAGCCAGAGAAGCUAUCAAGGUUGCAGUACCUGCUCGGCAUAAGUAACGAGACGGCUAACAAGAUCCGGGACACGGCCUCCGAGGGAACGCUGCCGAUUGCUGCAGCUGACGAGAAAGAGGAGUUGGCGUUCUAGGAAGGGGCGCAAUUUUGUUAGGGUAGCCAGCAGAGUUGCUAUUGUAGCCAGGCGCAUACAUGUUUUUGGAAAAGGAAAGUGACGCGUCAUCCUGACAAGCAUAACUAUUUGUAUAGACAAGUCUCUGACACCAAAUUUGGUGACACUCUUCUUCUGCUGUUGCAUUCUUCCAGACCACACUGAAAGCGUCUUUUUGUUUAAUGUUCCCCCCCUUUUGUUCAACAUGUAUCACCCUCACAGCUAUGACUGCAACCCUCAAUUAGUACUCUAUCAUAGGUUGUUUUUGGCU